GGGUCAGACGUAAGAACUAAAAAGCUUUCAUUUAAUUCGAAAAGUCUCUGAGUCACACUCCCUCGCACCCCACGCUCAGUCCAUUCCACUAGCCCAUUGACCCAUCCCGGCGGUAUGCUCCCGUCUCUAAGCGUGUCGGCGCAAAUUUCUGCUGACACUUUUUGUGAUCAGCUGCAAAACUCGAUGAAAUUUAUAAGGCCUACCUUUCGAAUUCUAUUCUUAAAUGCUGCUUCUUCUAUCUCUGCUUGCUUCCGUAUCAAACGUCUCUCCUGUUUUCCAGAUGAAAUGAACUGUGACCAGAAGCUUGACAGAGGGCACCAAUGAAGAUGAAGGGCUUCACCACCUGUGCACUGCUUCUCUGUUCUUCUUCCUUAUUCUCCCUCGUCAUUUUCUCUGGCGCAGCAGACACCAUAACCACGUCCCAAUCCAUUAGAGACGCCGGCGACACCAUUGUUUCCGCCGGCGUUCGCUUUCAACUGGGAUUUUUCAGCCCCGGAAAUUCCAAGAACCGAUACUUGGGAAUAUGGCAUGCUGAAAUUUCUCCCGUCACAGCUGUAUGGGUUGCCAAUAGAGAAACUCCCCUGCUUGAUUCAUCCGGUGUUCUGAUCAUCAACAACCAGGGAAAUCUCGUUCUUCUGAACGGUACCCAUCAAAUAAUUUGGUCUUCCAAUUCACCAGCACCCACAAGAAGUCCGAUUGCACAGCUUUUGGACUCGGGGAACUUGGUCGUGAUUGACGGAAAUGAUGCCCAAAACCCAGAAAAUAUCCUCUGGCAGAGCUUUGACCAUCCACGCGACACAUUAUUACCAGGUAUGAAGAUCGGAAGGAACAAAAUCACUGGCCAGGAAUGGUACCUCUCAUCGGGAAAGAGCAAUGACGAUCCCUCCCAAGGGGCUUUUACGAUUCGGGUUGAUUCCCAUGGAUUUCCGCAAUUGGAUAUCAGCAAGGAUUCAACUGUGAUCGCCAAGUCUGGACCAUGGAACGGCAUUAGAUUCAGCGAGAGCCCUGGAUUUGGACCAAAUCCAUAUUUCAAAUUCGAUUUUGUUUUCAAUCAGAAGGAAUUAUAUUACAGUUUUGAGAUGUACAAUAGAUCCCUUAUUUCGAGGCUUGUGUUGAAUCAGACUGGUACGUUACAGCGGUUCUUGUGGCGUGAUCGCGACCAGGGCUGGGUGCUCAUCCUGACCGUAGCAAUGGGAAAUUGCUUCCGCCAGGCAGUGUGUGGUCCAUUUGGUACAUGUAAUAACGAUAAUUUACCAUUUUGCAAGUGUUUGAGAGGAUUUGAGCCAAAGUUCCCAAAAGAUUGGGAGACAACAGAUUGGUCUAAAGGUUGUGUGAGGAAGACUCCACUGAGUUGUCCGAAUGGAGAUGGGUUUUUUAAGUUUUCAGCAGGGAGGUUGCCGGACACAUUGAACUAUUGGUAUAAUGGGAGCAUGAACCUGGAGGAAUGCAGGAUGAUGUGCUUGAAGAACUGCUCUUGUAUGGCUUAUGCAAAUUCCGAUAUGAAAGGGGGAGGAAGUGGGUGCUUGAUAUGGUUUGAUGAGUUGAUUGACAUGAGAGAAACAAUCAACAAUGGACAGGAUAUUUACAUACGGAUGGCUGCAUCAGAACUAGAUCAAGGCGAUAAUAUUGUGAAAUUCAGUAAUGACUCCAGCAUGUCCAAACAAGUGAAGAUCAUAGUCAGCUCUGGGGUUUCUAUGGGCGUGCUACUCUUAGGGAUAAUCCUAAUAUUAUUGCGUAGGAAGACAAAGCAUCUGCUGAGAGAUGGAAAGAUUCGAUUCUAUAUGGAGAAGGAAAAUGUGGAGUUGCCAUUAUUUGACUUCAGUACAAUGGAAAAUGCAACUGAUAACUUUUCUACUCAAAACAAACUUGGAGAGGGUGGUUUUGGAGUUGUGUUCAAGGGUAUGCUAAAAGAUGGACAAGAAAUUGCCGUGAAGAGGCUCUCAAGGAAUUCUUCUCAAGGACUAGAUGAGUUCAAGAGUGAAGUUAUGCACAUUGCCAAAGUUCAGCACCGAAAUCUUGUCAAGCUUUUGGGAUGCUGCAUUCAAGGGGAUGAAAAGAUGUUGGUCUAUGAAUACAUGUUCAACAACAGCCUUGACACUCUCAUUUUUGAUGAAAGAAACAAAAUGCUGGAUUGGCCUAAGCGCUUCCACAUUAUCAACGGUGUUGCUCGGGGGCUUCUUUAUCUUCAUCAAGACUCUAGACUAAGAAUAAUCCAUAGAGACUUGAAAGCAAGCAAUGUUUUACUAGACAACGAGAUGAACCCAAAGAUUUCAGACUUUGGCAUGGCUAGAACUUUUGGAGCUAAUGAAAGUGAAGCAAAGACGAGAAGAGUGGUUGGAACAUAUGGUUACAUGUCUCCAGAAUAUGCAAUUAAUGGGUGCUACUCAAUGAAAUCUGAUGUAUUUAGCUUUGGAGUUUUGGUUCUAGAGACAGUAAGUGGGAAGAGAAACAGAGGGUUUAAUCAUCCAAACCACUGCCUCAACCUUCUUGGCCAUGCAUGGAAGCUAUAUAUGGAAGACAAGUGUAUGGAGCUGAUUGAUGCAUCGCUAGGGGACCUAUGCAAUAUGCAUGAAGUGUUGCGGUCAAUCCACUUGGGGUUGUUAUGUGUGCAACACCAUCCAGAAGAUAGGCCAAGCAUGUCUUCUGUGGUGCUGAUGUUGAGUGGGGAGGGUGCAUUACCUCCACCCAAACAGCCAGGUUUUUUCUUUGAUGGUGAUUUGCAAGGAAUAUGCACAUCACGCAAGUCCAGACCAAGUUCGAGCAACCAAGUAACCAUGACGUUAUUGGAGGCUCGGUGAAAGGCAUUUUCAUGUUAACAUUUCAUCAUGAUUUGGUUAGGACCACUAUUACUGUUUAGUAAUUUUACUGUAGCUCCUAUAGAAAAGAUAAGACAAGGGAGGGACAAUUCAGAUGAUAUGGACACUUACAACGUAGGCGACAUAGUGCACCUAUAAGGAAGAAUGACUUAGUUAUUGUGGGGGGCAGUAAAAUGGGUAGGGAUAGAUUUAAAAUAACUUGGGAGGAAAUAGUGAGUAAAGAUUUAAUAUCCUUGAAUCUAUCAAAAGAAAUGAGCCAUAAUUGCAUAAAUUGGUAGAAAGGGAUUCAUAUAGCCAACCCUGUUAGUGGGACUAAGGCUUGAUUUUGUUGUUGUUGUUAUUGUUGUUGUAAUCAUUUUUCUGAUCAAAACAUUGUAUUCUAUACAAAAAAAUAAUUUCAUUGAGAGACAAUUUUUCUUUUUGAAUUCAAA